AUGCUGCUGGGGUUGCUGGAGCAGCAUCCGGGCUUCGCAGAGGCGGCCGGCGCGGCGCUGCGCUACGGUGGCGGCGGCGGCGGCGGCGGGGAGGAGCAAGAGGGUGAGGAGCAGGCGGAGGGGCGCGGCGCCGUGCUCGGGGCGCUGUGCGGCCACGCCGGGCGGCUGUUCCAGGCGCGGCGCUAUGCGGCGGCGGCGCGGUUCUACGGCGCGGCCAUGGCGUUUGCAGAGACGCGUGCCAAGGCGGUGCUGUGCCGGUGCGCCGCGCUCUGCCACAUGGGCCUGGGGGCGGCGGAGCGCGCGGCCGAGAUGGUCGCGCUCGCAGAGGAUUACCACCCGCGGCAG